AAACGUCACUUCGUCCAUAACGGAAACAUGAGUCGCAGCGUUAAUGCGUCAGCGCGUUUGUCAUGACGUUUUUAGAAAGCGGCGCCGUUUCAGACUGGAAUGGGAGCUAGCGAUUUUGCCCAUAUUUUGAUAGUUUAAUCCUUGAAUGGCGCCGAAACAGGACCCGAAGCCUAAAUUUCAAGAAGGUGAAAGAGUGCUGUGUUUUCAUGGGCCAUUACUCUACGAAGCUAAGUGUGUUAAGAUAAACAUCAAGGACAAACAAAUCAAAUACUUUAUUCAUUACAGUGGGUGGAAUAAGAACUGGGACGAAUGGGUUCCUGAAAGCAGAGUACUUAAGUAUGUGGACAGUAAUCUGCAGAAACAGAAAGAGCUUCAAAGGGCCAAUCAAGACCAUUAUGUAGAAGGAAGAAUGAGGGGUGCUGCACCAAAUAAGAAGAUACCUGCUGCAUCGCAGAAAAAUGAAGUAAAAACCAAAAAGAGCAAACAGAAGACUCCUGGAGCAGGAGAAGGCACAAGUUCAGGAGGAGAUCCAACCCACCCUCCACGAAAGAAGAGGGCACGUGUUGACCCCACUGUUGAAAGUGAGGAGACCUUCAUAAACAGAGUUGAAGUUAAAGUCAAAAUCCCAGAGGAGCUGAAACCCUGGCUUGUGGACGACUGGGACCUUAUCACACGGCAAAAACAGCUUUUCCACCUACCUGCCAAAAAGAAUGUUGAUGCAGUCCUUGAAGAUUAUGCAAAUUAUAAAAAAUCAAGAGGAAACUCUGAUAGCAAGGAGUUUGCGGUGAAUGAGGUGGUUGCUGGUAUUCGUGAAUAUUUCAACGUCAUGCUGGGGACACAGCUUCUCUACAAAUUUGAGCGUCCUCAGUACGCAGACAUCCUGGCCAACCACCCAGAUACUUCCAUGUCUCAGAUCUACGGCGCUCCGCAUCUACUCAGACUCUUUGUGAGAAUCGGAGCCAUGCUGGCGUACACUCCGCUGGAUGAGAAGAGCCUUGCACUGCUGCUCAGUUAUCUACAAGAUUUUCUCAAGUAUCUAGUAAAGAACUCUGCAUCGCUCUUCAAUGCAAGUGACUAUGAAGUGGCCCCUCCAGAGUACCACCGCAAGGCAGUUUAAGGGGUUUUUGUGUUUGUUUUGUUUUGGGGGUUUUUUUUGUUUUUUUUUUAGAAUCCGUUAGGUAAAGAAGCCUUUGGAGAGUGGAUUGUGCGAGAUCGAUUUUUAUAAAGGAAAAAUAGGCGCAAGAUGUCACACUAAUCCCCGUUUAAAGUUUGACUUUCUUUCAUGCGGAAAGCUGCUGAAUACACUCUUUCUGUAUGGGUAUCUCUGAGUACCACUUUUUAGUUGUUGUUUUUUUUUCCCUUUUUUUUUUUUUUUUAAA